AUGGAGAGAAAGAGCCUGAGGAGAGACCACAGGGAGGCAGAGGACCGGAGGAAGAAUCCAAACUUAAACUCGAACCAUGGCGGAUUUUUCGGGCACCUGGAAGAUGAAGAGCAGCGAGAACUUCGACGAGCUGCUGAAAGCUAUGGGGAGGAGAAAGAGAGGGAGGAGGGAGGGAUGGAGGGAUGGAGGGAUGGAGGGAUGGACAGAUGGAGAGAAAGAGCCUGA